AUGACUUCUCCUCAGGCCUCAGCCCCAGGUAAUCGACGUUUGGGUUUGCGUCCGUUGGAUGUUUUGACGAUUAAGUUGAAGGGGCUGGGGAUGGAUAUGGAGAAAUGUGUCCCUGGCCAGUAUAGUUUGCUUUGUCCAGCUGGCAAUGGUGGUGAUUCAGAGGAAAAAAGCUUGUCUGUUUACAUCAGCCCUGAUGGAUUGAUGUUGCAUCUACACUUGCAGGCCUUUGGAGACAGCACUUCAUCACGUUCAAGAUUGAACCACAUUGCCCAAAAGAAGACAAUAAGAGAAGUCACAGAGGAGGGUCUGCGACUAGAGCCACUAUGUGACCAGCUUCGUCGCUAUUUUGCCGAGCGAAUGAUAACAUCAGAGACGCUACAGAGAAAUCUUGUUAUGCAGAAAAGAUGUUGGAAUAAUGAGAUUGUUACUGCAUUUACUUAUCGGAAAAGGGGGAAGCUCGUAAAUUGCAAAUAUCGGGACAUCAUGAAGAUAUUUUGGCAGGACAAGGAUACUGACAAGGUAUUUUAUGGUUUGGAUGAUAUAGAGGGAGAAAGUGAUAUCAUCAUUGUUGAAGGUGAAAUGGACAAGCUUUCAAUGGAGGAAGCUGGCUUUCGUAAUUGUGUCAGUGUUACUGAUGGAGCACCUGCUCAGGUUUCCACAAAAGAUUUGCCACCUGAAGACAAGGAUACUGGAUAUCAGUAUAUAUGGAAUUACAAAGAGCACUUGGAUAAGGUUUCUUUCAUUAUCCUGGUAAUUGAUGGUGAUAUACCCAGUCAAGCCUUGGCUGAAGAGCUAGCACGCCAUCUUGGAAAGCAGAGAUGCUGGCGUGUCCAAUGGCAUAAGAAAGAUGAGUUCUGUUGCUUCAAUGAUGCAAAUGAGGUUCUCAUGUUUCUGGGUCGAGGUGCUCUGAAGGAAGUAAUAGAAAAUGUGGAGUUGCAUCAGCUACAAGUUCCAGACCAAGCAAAAAUGCAGUGUACAUAA